GCUUGUGCGCCUCAUGACCAAUAAAAUAACUUCCUCGAAAAAAUCGGUUCGUUGAAUUUAUCAAUAAAAUCUGUGAUCGCCAAAUAACUAUAUCCUGAAAAGGUCCUAUAAGAUGACGGAUUUUUUAUCCUCCUACACAAACAGGAAAGUGUCCCAACUGGCCAGAGAAAAGGAAGAAAAACGAACGCAGGAAAGGCGAAGAAGUCUCAUGUACUUGAUGGCGGAUUUUCUGCGUGAGCAAGGGUGCAACGAAACUGUAGAAUCGCUCGUGAGAGAAGCUCAACUUUCUGGCGACUAUCAAGUCUGCGACAACAUAGAUCUGGACACCGUCCUAGUUGAAUUUUCUGACUACUACUACGCAAAGUACAACAAAUACCCGAAAAUCUGCAAAAAAAUCGAUCCAGUUCCCACGAACUCCAACAACAAUAGCAACACGGUACGAAGAGAAAAGAGUCAGAAAAAUAAUUCCCGAAAAAUUCUUCAAGAAUCGUCGCAAUUACCUGCGGUUUCAGAAUCGGCUACUGUGAAAACAAAAAAAUUAAACAAUUCCCAGUCAUCCAUCGAAGAAAAUUUUGGCAUGACCGUUACACCGAUUUUUCAGUGUUCCGGAAACUCUGAUAAUGGACAAUUUUCAGUUAAUCACCAACACGAAGAUAGGGAGACAAUUUUUUCGGGAGAAAAAAUACUGAAACCUAUAGGAGAUUUGUAUCAACCUGGAACAGAUUGGAGAGAAAUGGCGGAAAUGAUAUCCAGGGAGAUCGUUACGACGGACUUGAACGUCCAUUGGAAGGAUAUAGAGGGUUUGGAAGAGUGCAAAAGACUGCUAAAGGAAGCUACGGUCUAUCCGAUAAAAUAUCCGGAACUAUUUGGAGGAAAAUUAUCCCCUUGGCAAGGGAUACUUUUAUACGGUCCUCCGGGAACUGGUAAGACCAUGCUGGCUAAGGCUGUAGCAACGGAAUGCAAGACGACAUUUUUCAACAUUUCAUCGAGUUCCAUAAUAAGCAAAUGGAGAGGAGACUCGGAGAAGCUGGUUCGGGUCCUUUUUGAACUGGCGAGAUAUCAUUCUCCGGCUGUUAUUUUCGUCGACGAAGCUGAUUGGACGUCAGGAUCGGGUCAAGGAGAUUUUAAAUCCUCGAGUACGGAACCGGCAAAACGCUUUAGAGCAGAAUUGCUAGCUAGAAUGGACGGCCUCGCUGCCAGCGAUAAUCAAAUCCUGCUCUUAGCGGCCUCAAAUUUACCCUGGGAAUUAGACGUGGCUCUUCUUCGGCGUUUAGAAAAGCGUAUUUUAGUCGAUUUACCAAAUGCAAAAACUCGUUUCGAAUUUCUCAGGACAUACGUUGACCCUGAACUCUCGCAGGACAAAGAAUUUUUCGAAAUUGUACAAAUGACCGAAGGUUAUUCCUGCGCCGAUAUUAAAUUAAUAUGCAAGGAGGCCUGGAUGAUGCAAUUGAGACCGAUCUGGCAAAUGUUGGAGGAGAAUAAAAUCGUGAGAAGUGAAAUUGGAAAAAUGAAUCACGGAACGAUAAGCGAAUUAAGUUACUUAAAGGCGGCACUUGAUGGAAUUAAACCGACAGCUAAACACGUUGCGGAGAUGUACCAGCGAUGGAAGGAAAGGUUUGGGGCCUCUUAAAGGCCGAUGUAUGUACCUGUGCAUGGGUAGAAAAAAAAAACGUACAUCUCAAAAUUUGUUCUAUUUAUGAUUAUUUGUAAAUAAAAAUUUCACGAGAGGAAGGAGAAACAGAAAAAAUUAUGAUCGCACUUAUAAUUCAACACACGCUCGACUGCGCCUGAUUGUAGGCAACUCAAGUCACAGGGUGAAUUUGGUGGAUUCGUUCGAAUCCAUGUUCUCGAUCCGAGGAGUACAAUCUACUGUAAAUGAAUCAAUAUUGAAAUGCUUCUUGCAAUCACAUUUUUUUUUUUUUUCUUUGCAAGGAAUUUUA